AGAUGGCUUCAACGAAAUGUGAAGGUGGGCACACUAGACAAGUCCGAAAAACCUGUUGGCUUGUGAUUUGCAGUGAUAUUUGUGGAGAAGAGCAGGCAGGCAGCUAAGAUGAGCAAGGAAAUCCGUUUGGCCACCGUUAACGAGCACAACAAGGCCACGGAUCUAUGGGUGGUUAUCAACAACAAGGUGUACGAUGUGACCAAGUUCCGGCUCGAGCAUCCCGGUGGCGAGGACUCCCUGGUGGAUGUGGCCGGUCGCGAUGCCACCAAGGACUUCAUUGACGUGGGUCACAGCUCGGAGGCGAGAGAGAUGCUGAAGAAGUACUACAUCGGUGAACUGGCUGCUGCGGACAUCAAGCAGAAAAGCCCAAUUAGCUGCCGCCAAGUGGCAUUGGCCCUGGGUGCCGCCUUUAUCGGCAUCACGCUGGUCUAUGUGAUACGACGCGGAGUGGCCAGGAAUUAAUCUGCGAAGAGGCGACCUCACAACUGAUCAGCUGCAUUCCGUGAUUCCAUAGUGAUUCAUAGAUAUUCCUCCAACAUGGAAAAUCAUUUUCCACACAUUUGAUACGCAAUAUAUUGUACAAAUACACAG